AUGGAUUUAGACUAUGCAUUAAGAGAGCCAGCUCCUACAAAGCCUAAUGAUACAAGUUCUAAGGAACACAUGACUUUAUAUGAAAAAUGGAAAUGCUCUAAUCGUUUAAGUCUAAUGAUUAUGAAAUGCUCAAUUACGCCUGCAAUUCAAGGAGCAAUCCCUGUUUCUGAAAGUGCAUUGAGCUAUAUGAAAUCUAUUGAAGAACAAUUCAUUGGAACUUCCAUAUCCCUUACUAGUACUUUCAUGAUUAAAAUGAUGACAAUGAAAUAUGAUGGUUUGAGUGGUGUUCGUGAACAUAUCUUAAAGAUGAAUGACAUGGCCUCUGAAUUAAAGGGAAUGGACAUGGAAAUUUUUGAACGUUUUCUUGUUCAUUUCAUUAUGACUUCUCUUCCUGCGCAAUUUGGUCAUUUUAUGAUCAAUUAUAAUACGCAGAAAGAUAAGUGA